AUGAACGGUGGCGACGGCCAGCCGAUCAUCAAGAACGAAGAUUGGAACUUCAUAGAGCAGUGCAUGCAUAAGAUGGUGAACAGCGUCGAACAUCGUCCUGAGCCAAUAAACGAGACAGAGCUCCGCAAGCUCGAAGGAACUAUUGGCGGUCUGCGUAGUCAGAGGCCUCUUCUUCGCAUCGCUUGCCAACAUUUCUUUUAUGAAAAGUGCAAAUUAUUCAUUGAGCAGUACAUCACUUCAGAGGUAUUACCUUCAUUUAGAGGGAAGCGUGACGAGUCUCUGCUGGGACAAUUUGUGGACAGAUGGGAAAAGCAUAAUCGGAUAGCUAAAAUGCUAAAUGAUGUGUUUUAUCGCCCCAUUUGGGGAAGAUCAAUGCCGCCCCUUGAUGAAGUUGGUCUGACUCUCUUUCGUGAUAUGUUUGAUGAUGUCUACUUUUUCCGUAUGAUCUCAUUGGACUUCAUGGAUGAUGUCUUCAGUUAUAUAACGAGCUAUAUGCAAAAGUGA